AUGUCGCUAUUUUCAAGAUUGAAGCGACGCCGGGUACAAGCUAAAGAGAAAAAUUCGAAGAAUGAUGGGAAAGUGACAGAGAAGGCGAAAGAGGAAUCUGUCAAGGUGCCUUACAAGCAUGUAGUUACGCAUGCUGCUAGCGAUAUGUUAUUAGUAGCACCCGCAAGCGCGAGAGAAGAAGACAAAGCCAGGGUAAUCGAGCUGAACAAGCGAAACAUCGCUCUGGCAAGAUCGGAAUGUAAGGCGGCCGGCAUGCCACGGGUUCGAGACUCGCUAUCCAUCUAUAAAACCCCUGUCUUUCCUCUACCUAAAAACUACAAACCCUACAGCGUAGACGACAGGCCUAAGUUCACGUACUACCCCCCGCAGCUACCUGGCUCACAAAAAGGUCCCAACAACUCGAAUCGCCCGGAAAGCUUAAGAAGCGGGAGAAGCAGCAAGGGAAAAGCACCGGAAUACAUACGAUCCCCUUUAUCUAUACCACCGGUUCCGAGAUUAUCUUAUGGACAGUCCAGCAUUACACCGAGUAAAGGUGCGCCUCUUGAGGAAACAUCGGCAAUAUCAAACACCCCCAAUGAUGAACCAAGGAUAAACAACAAGGCCAUCAACCGCCUUUCGCACGCUUCUAGCUAUCAGCCAAGCCUUUCUCAGAAAAGCCUCUCGUUUAGCGAGAAGUCAUAUCAAACGCCUUUCACUAUAUCUCAAACAACCGUCGGGGCACCUGUGAAGAGUGAUCGGUACUAUCCGCCCCCGACCAAAAGUGCCUAUUUUUCAGCAUCUCAUACAGCGAACCAGGGGAUCGAGAAUAAACUAAAUAAAAUGGAAAAUAAAAAUAUAUCUGGUACAGAGACGGCCAUCCCGCCAGUCCCCGUUGUUACCGAGAGAGCCAAUAAGAGCACUCCCUCGGUGAGUAUCUUGAACGAAUCCUCCUUUGGUCCAUCCACCACAUCUAUCGGUCCCGCUAUUGCACCACCUCGAGCGCCUUGCAUCGUGGCCCCUCCACCCGCGCCGUGUUCUGCAGAAGAAAUUACCAGCUUAGAACAGAAUACUAGCAAGACAGAAACCACUAGCGGCCCCGGUGCGAAAACGCCACAGAACCUUUCGGUAGAAAAAGGCAAAGCUCCUGCAGAUACGACGGCAAAAGAUGUUAAGGAACAAGAUGCAAUAGUACCUUCGACUUCGUCCCCGCAAAAGAAAGCACGUAGGCUGUCUAAACCUAGGCCAUCGAGUAGCGGCAACGGUAAGUCCAGGUUGUCGAUCGAUGCAUCAGAGGGUAGCAAGUCGAAUUCAACUGCCCCCGGUACCACUGCUUCUGAACUCGAUCGAGCGAGCCAUGUGGCUGAACCGAAGACCAGCGAGAAAAGUAAGGAGUCGUCCGAAAUCACACUGAAAAUGGGAAAAUUGCACAAGAAGCCGAAAGACAAACGUGAACGGAGAAAGUGGUGGAUUUUUGGAAGACGAUCUACUACUGCGGUACACUAGACGAAGGCUACUGGUAUCCAUGACGGGUUUACACACAGCAGCAAUGCAUCUGCAAAUUGAUUUUAUCAUGGCAUAUUUUAUCUGUUUUCUAGCGGCAUGGGAUGGUCUCCCAAAGCGUAUACCUGUACAUUCUGCAGUUAUAGAUCUACAAUAAUUACG